AUGGAUAUUUCAGCUUUCAUCAAAGGAGUUUGCUUCUGCCUUCAGACAACCAUUGGGGUCGUGGGCAAUUCAAUCAUCGUUAAAGCAUUCAUACAAGUUGCCAUUAAUGAAAGAAAAAUGGUACCAGUAGAGAAUAUUACAUCACAUCUUGCUUUUGUUAACAUGAUACUUCUGCUAACAAGAGGAAUCCCUCAGACAAUGGCUGCUUUUGGAUUGCAGAACAUUUUAAAUCACCAUGGCUGUGUACUAAUUGUUUUUAUUUAUGCAACAGUAAGAGCUCUUUCAGUAUGUAUCACUUGUCUUUUAAGCUUAUUUCAGUCUGUGAGCAUUGCUCCAACAACAUGCGUUUGGAAAUGCCUCAGAAGCAAAAUCCCCCAGUACCUUAUUCCAUGCUCAAUUAUACUGUGGUUUGUCAAUAUGGCUGCCAGUAGUGGUCUGUUACUUUAUACAACUGUUCCUCAAAAUGGAACAGUUUCUAACUAUGCAGUCAAUAUGGGGUACUGCUAUGUAAGAUACCCUGACAAAGUUGUAUAUAAUGUUUACGGCACUAUAUACACAGGCCGAGAUAUUGUGAUUGUAUUUACAAUGGUAGCAGCAAGCAGUUAUAUUUUACUGACACUGUAUAGACAUAGCAAACAAGUUAAAGGGAUAAGAAGUUCAAAUCAUGAUCCAAAAACUACAGCUGAGGUGAAAGCUGCUAAAACUGUGUUAUGCUUGGUAACUCUUUAUGUCACAUUUUAUGGAAUUGACAAUAUCAUCCUGAUAUAUGUUGUCAUAAAGAUGUAUGCAUCUACAGAAAUUGCAGAUUUGAGAGUGUUCUUCUCUUCUGUCUAUGCAUCUCUAAGCCCCUUUGUAAUUAUUAAAUUUAAUAGGAAGAUUCGGAAAAGCCUUUGCAGUAAACAUGCAAAAUGA